GGUGCAGGCAGGUCGAUGUACGCAGUUGGCGGGAAGCAAAACUCGCGAGCGCCGCUGUCAAACGCCAUUACACCCGCCGCCGCAGCCGUACGCAUGCGCGGCAAUUUCGCGCGCGAUCUUCACUUACGAUAUUUUUUAAAAGUUUUUUUUUGUUUUUUUUUUCUUUAAGUUUGCAAAGUGAGUUAGAGUUUUGUGCGUGUGUAGACUUUUGUUUUGAAAAAUGAAAUAUAAGAUCAAAGAUGUGGACGCUGAGGCGCCGGCGGCGGCCAAACUGGCUGAGAAACUAGAACGCACAGUACGGUGCUCAUCGGUCCUAAUCGGAGCCCUAGGAGUAUCCCUGAUCACCCUCGCAGUGUACACGGCUGUGUUAGUGCUUACGGAGCACUGGAGCCCUAGGCCUUGCGUCAGUGAGGAAUGUGUUGGGACCGCAUCCCGCGUGAUCGCAGCGCUCAACAAAGACGCGGACCCCUGCACGGACUUCUACGAGUUCGCAUGCGGAGGCUGGAUCAAGCAGAACCCUGUGCCGGAAUGGGCGACGUCCUGGGACCAGCUUGCGAGAUUACGAGAGCGACUAGUGGCAGAUCUGCGAGAUCUACUGGAGAUGGAAGACGACCCUAGCCUGCCACAGAGCGUCCUUAAAGCCAAGACGUUAUACAGAACUUGCAUUAAUAUUGAUAAACUUGAAGCAGAAGGAAUUAAACCAAUUCAGAAGAUUCUAGAAGGGUUAACCCUCCCGCCGCGUCCGCCGAGCGAAGCCUCCGCUAAUUUCAGCUGGGAGUUAGUGGCGGGUCAGGGGAGAAGAGACUUGGGUCUCAGUGUAUUGCUGAGCGUGCAGGUGGCUGAGGAUGUCAGGAAUACCAGCAGGAACCGAGUCGUGGUGAAGCAAGUAUCUCCAGGCUUCAGCGAGCGCUAUCUCCUAGCCCCCGAGCAGUUCGCACACGAGUUGGAACAAUACCACACUUACAUCAAGGAUAUGAUCUCCAUAGCUGACCCGUCUACCAACGCGACGGACUUCGCUGACGACAUCGUGGCUUUCAGCAAGAGUUUAGCCAAGAUUAUGACGCCAAUAGAGGUCCGAAGGAGCGGCACACACUUGUUCCACGAGGUCAGCGUGAAGCAGCUCGUCCAGGGGUCCUCGGGCGGCCCGGCGCAGUGGAAGGAUCACAAUUGGGAGAAGUACCUCGAGCUGGUCUUCUCCAACACAAGCGUGGUGUUAGACCAGGACGCUGACCGGGUCAUCGUCAUGGACCUGCCGUAUCUGCAGAAACUGGCCGUGCUGCUGACGGAGACCAAACCUGUUGUCAUUGAACGUUUCCUCUGGUGGAGCGUCUUCUCCUCCGUGGCCCCGAUGACCCUCACCGCCUUUCGUGACCUUGGUUUCGCGUUCAGCAAAGCUGUGUUCGGGCUGCAGCAGAGAACACCAAGGUGGAAGAGCUGUACAGCUAAUGUCAACGCGAACUUUGGAGUGGCGUUGAGCUAUCUGUAUGUGAAGAGGCAUUUCGAUCAGACUUCUAGACAAAAGGCCAUAGAGAUGGUAGAAGACGUGCGCUCCGCGUUCGCCGCGGCCGUCAAGGAGCUGGACUGGAUGGACUCCACCACCCGAUUGAAGACUCUCAACAAGCUCAGCGCCAUAAGGAACUUCGUGGGCUUCCCUGCCUGGUUACUCACACACGAGCAGCUAGACAAACACUACAAACAUGCGGAAGUGGUACCAGACAACCUGUUUGAGACCUACCUGAAACUGACGAGAGCUGCCGUCAAGAAAUCCUUAGAAUCACUGCGAGAGACACCCGACAGAGACAGAUGGGUCGCUACAGCUACAACGGUCAACGCUUUUUACUCGGCGACUCUCAACUCAGUCACGUUCCCUGCUGGAAUAUUACAGCCACCUUUCUAUGGCAAUGGAAUCGAGGCUAUCAACUACGGAUCGAUCGGUGCAAUUAUGGGCCACGAAGUGACACACGGCUUUGAUGAUCAAGGCCGACGUUAUGACGAAAUGGGCAACCUGAAGCAGUGGUGGUCUGCGGCAACCCUGGAGCACUACCACGGACGAGUGUCCUGCAUCAUUGACCAGUACAGCAAGUAUCAUCUGCCCCAGCUGCCUAACUAUACGGUGCACGGCUUCAACACUCAAGGCGAGAACAUCGCAGACAACGGCGGCCUCCGCGCCGCGCUCCACGCCUACCAACUCUUCACUAAAAGGGAACCAGCGGCAAGAAGGGAUACCCUGCCAGGACUACCGCAAUAUAAACCUGAACAGCUGUUCUUCUUAGGGUUUGCACAGAUCUGGUGCGGGAACUCUACAACAGGCGCCCUAAAAUCCAAAAUGGUGGAAGGAGUGCACAGCCCCAACAAGAUACGAGUGAUAGGGACUUUGAGUAACUCUAAAGAAUUCGCGGACGCCUGGCAGUGUCCGCUAGGGUCACCUAUGAACCCAGAACAUAAGUGUGUGCUGUGGUGAAACUGUGAUGUGGUGCCAAAUGGGACCAAUGGGGCGUGGUUUAGUGAAAUAGAUCCAGUGCUCUACGCUUAUGCAUAAAAUCGGCGAACGUUUUCAAAAAGUUGUAAAAAUUCUCGGAAAUUUACAGGAAACACAAAAAUACGAGACGUUUUCGUAAUUUUGAAAACUUUCCGAAGGCACAUGCUGUAUAUAAUGAUAUGAUACAUAAAAUAUUUAUCAUAACUAUUACUUAUGCUGCUGACAAUAAUCCAGAAAUCCCUUGUCUAAAUCUGGCAAAUAAGCCGCAACGACUUUAUGAACUGUAUCCAUUUACUAAACUUUCGUUUAUUAUUCGUAAGUUACCGGGAAGUUACCGCCUUAAGCUAAGACGCGUAUACCUAGUUAUGUAGGUUGAAGUCAUUUGUACUUAUUUUAGGUUAUUUUAGUUUUAUUAUGAAAGUUGGCAGUUGCCUAUGUAAUCUUGGCCGAACUCCGAGUAAGUUUAGUUACUCAAGAAAGAAUUUGAUACGCAGCGUACGUUACAAAAUAUCAUAGAUGGUAGGAUCCUAAAGACGUGCCUCCGUGAGGGACAAAACAUAGCUUACGUAGGUAGAUCGAAUUUAUUUGUUGUCCACCAUAAUCCAUACUAAAUUUACGGUGGGGAAUAAAAAAAUGUGAGACUGUGACAACGACAAACAAUAAUAGCGCGUUCGCUGCUACUCCUACUGAAAGAUACAUAAGACUGUCCCGUUCGGUCAUUUAUAUACUAGAUUCAUGCAAAAUAUCAAUCAUUUGUGAGGUUUACAGGCAAAAAAACAUUAUUUUUCCGUUGUGAAUAAGAUCGAUUAUUAAAUUCGACAUUGACAUGUUUUGGUUUCGUCCAAAAUACUGCUGAACCUUUCAUUCGCGUCAAAACUGUAUUUUUGGAGUCGUGUUCGACCGGAAUUUCGGUUUCGCCGUGGGCAUAAAGGUUCGGUUACGGCCGAAACUAGAGCAAACCCAAACCUAUCGUUUCGUUUUCGGCAAAAAACCCGUUCGGACACUAA